AUGGACGAGUGGACUUCGAAGCAGCUCCCUGAGCGCCUGCCCUUCUCCAAGAAGCGGCUGCCAAAGCGCGUCAUAUUCUCAUAUAUCAUCGACUACCUCAUCAUAGUGGUCCUCAUCGGCGUCUUCACUAUCAUCGACAAAGUUCCACCCUUCCACCAGCCCUUCGCGCUGCAAAACUACACCCUCCACUACCCCUUCGCCGUCAAAGAACGUGUGCCCGUCUCGCUACUAUGUGUCAUCGUCGUUGGCGGCCCAGCAGUCAUCAUUGCUUUCUACACCCUCGUCAUUGAUGGGCUGUUUUCCCACCAGACCGCCAUGCCCACGAGCAGGGCUGGAGUCAAGCGACUGAGCGGCAGAUACAGGUUCAAAGACCGCCUGUGGGAAUUAAACUGCGGUAUCCUUGGCCUUGGCCUGAGCGUGGGCGCAGCCUUCACGAUCACAGGAGCACUGAAGAACGCAAUUGGAAAGCCACGUCCAGAUCUCAUUUCUCGAUGCAAGGUGAGAGAAGGAACGGCCGUCGAUCUGACAAGCUUGGUGCUCGUCACCAUCGAUAUCUGCACGCAGACUGACAACUACAUCCUACAAGACGGCUUCAAGAGCUUCCCCUCAGGACACAGCAGUGUCUCUUUCGCCGGAUUGUUUUAUCUCUCGCUGUAUCUCGCCGCAAAACUGCAUGUCAUGGAUGCCAAGGGCGAGGUUUGGAGGACGUUCGUCGUUAUGGUUCCAACUCUCGGUGCUGCUCUCAUCACCGGUACACGCAUCAUGGACGCUCGUCAUCACCCUUUCGAUGUCCUCUCUGGCGCUGCUCUCGGUAUACUCGUAGCAUGGGCAGCCUAUCGACAAUACUUCCCAUCGGUGUCAGAGACCUGGAAAAAAGGACGUGCGUACCCAAUUCGCGCCUGGGGUCGGGGACCUGCUCCCCCACCAGCUCCUCAGAUUACAAUCGACGAAGAUGUGCAACCACUACGACAAAUGGGCAAGUCGUUGGGUCCAAUAGACGAAGAGCGUGGAGAAGCUUCUGGCAUUGCGGCGUCUGGGGACAGCGAGCAUGGUGGAAACGUCUUCCGACAGCAAAUCUCAAACUCACAACGUAGACGCCAGGGGGAUGCGCCAUAUGGAGUGGAUCGCAGCGACACACUAGCAUCGAGCAACUAUCGCUCCGACACUUUAGGCUCGACGUAUCGAUCUAAUACCUUGGACUCCUCAUUGUCUACCAAGGUCAACAGAUACCAGAACGAAUUGCCUACCACAAAUCCUUUCGCUACAACGGCUGCGCGCCAACAUAGGAUGGAAUCAUACGACUACUCAUCUUCUGAGGAUGACGAGCCCUACGAACUUCAGCCAACGGGAGGAGCCUACAACCCAGUCUCGGGACGCCUGACCGAUACUGGAUACCAUCCUCCACAAGGGAUAUCGCCUAACCCUACACCUCCACCGCCGCCCGUGAACACAUUUGUUCCUCCCCAUCUCAACACGAUGUCACCGACUGGAGACCUGAGCGACAGGAGAGACGUGGGACCACCUCCGCCACCACACGCUGUAGGGACAACCCCUCAGCAGAUAUGA